AUGAGAGGUUAUUCUGAACGCCAAAGCCUAAUCCGGGAUCUGUUCUUGAUUAUCGUAUGGUUAGAGCACGACGAAUUGGAGGACAUGGUUGAUAGUUUGUUCCACCACAUUCGAAUGCCAACGGAAGCCGAAAUCAUGUUCCCCAGGAGCAAGUUUCAACAAAGAAUAUAUGAUCUACUCCUCAGUGAUCGGGCUAUGUUUGAUGAAGCACUUCGACUAGUUCUAUCAAACCGAUAUCUUGUUCCUCGACCGACACCGAAACUGCGAGACGAAUUUGACCUCGAACGACUGUUCAACAUGCCCGACAUUGAAUUCCGACAGUCUUCAAGGACUUCAAAGGCCGGAUUCGUUGGAUUACUCAACAUCAUUUGCAUGAAUCCGGUUUUCCAUCGUGGGGGGAUCCGUCCGCAACUGCCGAUAGCUCAUCAACUUGCGCUCACACUUGAGCGCUUGGGAUCGAACGGUAAUGGAGCAUCCGUUGGACGGUUCUCUAGGAACUUGAGCGUGGGCCGCGGGACAGUUGUCAAAGUAUCUCGUCGGGUAAUCGAGGCAUUCAUCUCACUAGGACGGCGCUAUGUGGUUUGGCCCGACUCGGCUCGACGUGCGGAGAUAUCAGAGGUAAUGUCGAGGGAGGGAUUUAGGGGAUGUGUGGGGUUUGUAGAUGGAACUACAAUCCCAAUGUUUCAACGACCGGGUUAUGAUGGUGAGGUCUUCUUCGACCGGAAACGAUGUUACUCGAUCAACGCGCAGAUUAUCUGUGACUGCGACAAAUAUAUAACUUCUUUCAUCACUGGAUGGCCAGGAUCAUGUGGGGAUAGCCGGGUUUACAAGAGGAUGCAGCUGCAUCUAAACCCAUCAAAUUACUUUGAAGAAGGGCAAUACUUGUUGGCCGACUCUGCGUAUGAGCUGAGCCAUACAGUGAUACCUGCUUACAAGGUACCUGCAGCUAACAUCACGAUCAACUCGCAAUUCAACUAUUGCUUGGCCAAGGCUAGGGUUCGAAACGAACAUACGAUUGGUGUCCUCAAGUCUCGAUGGAGCUCAUUGCGGGAGAUGCGGUUACAUCUGUAUUGUCGUCAGCAUAUGCGUGCAUAUGUUGCUUGGCUGUACAGUUGUAUAAUACUUCACAAUAUCCUUGCAGGUCUUGGUGAUCAGUGGGCUGAGCUCGAUGACCACGAGUCGUUACCACCUGAUGAUGAUUCAGAUGAAGACGAUAUUGACGAAAGUGCGGAAGAUUUCAGAGACCGCUUGACUAUAAAUUGUGUAUGCUACAACAUGUACCAGAGGGGGAUUUUGUAGGAAUAUGGCCGUCUUCUGUUAAACCACCUUGAUUCCCUCUUGUAC